GUGUAGGAGUAGGUGCAGGGAGGAGGUUACAGAGUAAGAAUUGACUGGCCACCAGUGAGGGUAAGCGAGCACAGCAAGUGAGUUGGCACAUGAGGCAGUAGCGGAGAUGUCCAGGGAACGGGAGAUCGGCACGGAGGCACCCUGGCUGCUUCUGGGACAUUUAAAUCCCGGGAGAGAUCCGUGUGAGUAUUGUUUGGUUUGCAGGUUGACUCUGGUGGAGAGUAUUCCGAUCGGACUUUCGUUCUCCAAAGGUGCCCCUCACCAUGUCUCCAUCUACAACGGCUGGAUGGAUCUCCUCGAUCAGGCCAACCACACUGUGGAAAUCGCAGCCUUUUACUUCACAUUGCGGGGCGGUGACCUGAGCCAAGGGGAUCCUUCAGCCUCUCAGGGUGAGCAGGUCUUUAAGCAGCUGGCGGGUUUGAAAUCACGAGGGAUUACCCUGAAGAUCGCUGUCAACAGCCCCCAGCAGUCUGAAAAAGACACAGGCGAUCUGGCGAAAAGCGGUGCUGAGGUGAGGCAUGUGUUCCUGAAAAACCUGACGGGUGGCAUUGUCCACACCAAGGUCUGGGUGGUCGAUGGACGCCAUGUCUACAUCGGCAGCGCCAACAUGGACUGGCGCUCACUGACCCAGGUCAAGGAGCUGGGGGUGGUGCUGUCCAACUGUAGCUGCCUGGCACGUGACAUGGACAGGAUCUUCGGCACCUACUGGUACUUGGGUGGGGAGGGGGCAGCUCUCCCCCGACGGUGGCCUGGUAGGUACACUGCCCUGUCCAGCAAGGAGCAGCCGCUCAGGCUGAAACUGAACGGGAUUGAAGCGGACGUGUACGUCUCGAGCGCUCCGCCCUCCCUCUGCGCCUCUGGUCGCACUUCAGACCUCAGCGCCAUCCUGAGCGUGAUCGAUGAUGCGGAAGCUUAUGUCUUCAUCUCAGUCAUGGAGUUGGUCCCCCUCUGCCAGUACUGCAAACCUCCGAGAUUCUGGUCCGCCAUCGACGAUCGUCUGCGUGAAGCGGCUUGCCAGCGGAAAGUGUCAGUCCGCCUGCUAAUCAGCUGCUGGGAGCAUUCUUAUCGGCCGAUGUAUGUCUACCUGAAGUCCCUGAGUGUCCUCGCUGAGCAGCCGCUGCACUGCAAUAUCGAGGUGAAGAUCUUCAAAGUUCCAGCCACAGAGCAACAGAAAAAAAUACCGUUCAGCAGGGUCAACCACAACAAAUACAUGGUCACCGAUCGCAUUGCCUACAUUGGGACAUCUAACUGGGCGGAGGAUUACUUUGUGAGAACGGCUGGAGUGGGGCUCGUCAUAAACCAGACAGGCGUGGCACAUGACAACCCUGGCACGGUGCAGAGCCAGCUGAAAGCAGUGUUCGAGCGAGACUGGACUUCGACUCAUGCACUGAGGCUGGACAGUGAAGAAAUGAAGCAGCAAUGCCUGUGGCACAGGGAGGGUGCAUAAGGAGCUGGGAGCAUUAGAAACAGUCCUGUGUUUGGGGGGGGGUGGGGUGGGGGGGGGGGGUGUUCUGGGGUGAGAUCGAGGGAGCCACGUUUAGAAACCCAAGGCUCUCUCCGUCUCUCCCUCCCUCAACGCCCUUUGUUCCCCUCCCACACCUCACCACUUGGCGAAAUAGCUUCUUUAAGAUGUGUAGGACUUGCUUUAGGAAACCUCUCUUUCUCACCAAGCUCCACCUCUCCUCUCCCCCAUAGGAAAGCGAAUUUGAUUCAUCAGAAAUUACUGACGACAAAAGCUGUUCCUCACGGCUUGGGUUUGCUCGGGCCUUCUUUUUACUCGUUUUGACCAAGUAACAUUGUGUGGAUUCUGGGUCUUUGAAGGCACAGUUAACUCCCACUUGGUCCCUCCGUCCCUGGGUGCACGGAGGUGUGAACCUGUUUGAAAAGGCUAAAGCGUUCCUACUGAUUUUUUACCCCAACACAGUUCUGUUAUAAGGGCACUGUGUUCCUGGAGAACUCUCCAGUGUCUUCCCCACCUUUGGGCAGCCCAUUGCCAAUCUGUUUGUUUAAGGAGGGCGAGGGUCACUUUCAGAAUAAAACUGCAUGACUCAGUAGACACCUCUGGGAUAUCUGGCUUGGUGCCACUCUGUUUUUCCAUCAUUCGGAAACCAUUUGGCCCGUCGCGUGCUAGCUCAGCGAGUGUUUGAUCUGGUAACCUGUUCCUCAACCAGUCCCUCCGAUAACCCACUUUGAA